UACAUUCUCUUAUUUACCAGAGAAAAAAACACAAGUCAGAGAAAGGGGAAAGAGACGGCUAGAAUCGGGAAAAUGGCCACAAGGACGAGGGAAAUUGCACAGCCGGCGACCGGGACAUCGACGGUAACCUUAACCCUAGGAAACCCAUCGGAAUCUGCACCAUCAUCAUCAUCGUCACAACAGCAGCAACCAAUCGAAACCCUAACUUUGAAAUUGAAGCCGAAGAGGAGAGUGUCGUGGAAAGCAGGAACUGUGGACAACGAGUUCCUCAACAAGAAGAGUUCCAAGAAAUGUUGCAUUUUCCACAAAGAAAAGCCUUUUGAUGAAGACGAUAGCGAUGAUGAUGAUGCCGAUGACAAAGAAAAUGACCCAUCAAAGAGUCAUCAUCAUGGGGAUCAUUGCUGUUCUAAACAGGAUCAUGGAGGAGAAGCUAGUACGAGUUUUUCGGAAGAUCACUGAUGUAUUUGACUUGUAAGUUUGUUGAACUUUUUGUUAAGAAGGAAAAAAAUGUUAUUUUUGGGGUAAAUUUGUUAAUUGGUAUUAUUUGAGAUCUUCUGUUGUUGGGAAUCUGAUUGAAAUUUAUGUUUCGAUGACAUGAAGUUGAACAAUUGAUAUUAGUGUUACUUCUUAUACUAUUCUGCUUGUAAGAAAAAAAUUUCAUUUUUGAAGUGAAUUUGAGUAUUUGGUAUCAUUGGA